GAUCUCCUCAGGCUGCAGUGCAGGCACUCGUGUUGCUGCUACGCAGACGGCACACCGGGGGGGGGGCACGUCCGGCACUCCUGAUCUCUCUCGUCCCCCAUUUCUGCAGCUGCCACGCUGCCUCCGUGCCGCCGCGUUGCGCGGCUGGGAUGUCCCGCUCCUCCGCAGAGGGUGCUCCUGGCAGCCCGCACUUUGCUAUUGGACGUUUCCUGGUAGGGAGCAGCGGAUCAGGAGGUCACACACAGGCACUGCGGGGUCUGGGGUGAGGAGCCCAGGCUGCAGACAUCCAAUCAUUCCCCAAGUCCUUUCCUAUAUUUCCAUUGUGACGGAGAGCGGGGACGCCGUCAGUGACCGCAGUUUGGCAGAGUGCCGUGGGUUAGACGCAGAUCUUCAGAAGAUGCCCUCAGUUAUGGCAGCUGCAGCCCACCAAGGGCACUGAAGCUCCCAGCAGAGAGCCACCAGAGCCACACAGCUCCUGCUAGCGGCGGCUGCUCUACCCAGCAUGCAGAAGGGGUGCGAAGCCGCUUCAGGGACCGACUCCGGGUCCAAGUCUGCGUCCGGGGCUGCUUCUGUUUACCCAGUGCCUCAUGGGGAGGAGGACGAGCAGAAGGAGAAGCGAGAGGAGCCGGAGGCGGAGUACCUGAGCUCCCGCUGCAUCCUCUUCACCUACUACCGCGGGGACAUUAGCAGCGUGGUGGACGAGCACUUCUCCAGGGCACUUAGCGCCUACAUGGAGGGAGAGAGCAAGAGGCACAACGCAGCUGUCAGGGCAGACCACCCCACCCUGAGCGGUCGCCGUAACUUCCCUCCAUCCUUCUGGGACAGUAACUACCCCUCCGCACACAGCCGUCUCCCCCCCGAGGGAGCCGCCCCAUACCCAGUGGAUCCUUACUCCCCCAGCCUGCACCCUGGUCUGCCCCAUCCACACCCGCACCCCCACCCCGCCGAGACAUGGGGCUACGCCCAGGGUCAGACAUUCACUCCAGCUCAGUCUCUGCACGAACUUUACACCCCCGCGGGCCUGGAGCCCCACUACAGCCCCCUGCUUAUGCCUGCUAUACGGCCUGCUCACCUGCCCACCCUGGCUGCACACUAUGAUGUUGGCAAGCUCGAUGGCGCCCCCUCCUGGCCGGGCCUCCUGCAGCCGGGAGACAUGGCCCAGACACUGGCUCUGAACAUGGAUCCAGGUCUGCAGCACCAUAAGAAGCGGAAGGAGCUGUACUGGUUCUAACCGCCGGCAUCACAGGUCGCUGUGAAAGGCGGCCGAGACACACGGUCUCUCUCACCCCGGAGACAGAAAGUAAACAUGUCUCACGUGGGGAGGGGCCUUGUCUGACGGGGCCCGCCAGCGCACUUGCGCUUUUGCCGCUGCUGGAAAGCAGACAGACUCUUGGUCCCACCAGGGGACAGCAUGGGCAGCAGGCAGCGGAUGGAGGGUGUCCUGCCUCGAACCCUGACCGGCCGCAUGGUGACCUCAGCGACACAUUCACACUGCACUCAGUGAUGGUCGAGAAAUGAGGCUGCUUUUGCUGCUGCUGUUUGAGCGCUUUACUUAUCUAUUUAUUUCCGUUUAUGUAUGACGCAAGCUCUGUUUGGAUAACAACGAUAAGCUGCAGCACUUCCUGGCUAUUAUGAUCUGCUGAAUAACCAGCCAGCACUGAGAUACAUAUGAGCGUUAACAUUUUUCAGAAACACUAAAGAAUAUGAUGUACGGAUGGAUGUCGGUUUGGCGGCUCAGCAGGCGGCCCUGGGGGUGGGGGGGGGUGCGCACCCUGAGAAUUGGGCCCCACCCUUAGGGCGGAGUAGGGUGGGCCCGGCCAGUAAGGAGUUCAUCCAUCCCAGCUAAUCUCAGAAUGCUCUAAACCAGCCAAAGCUUUUUAAAAUCAGACUUCAGACCGGUGCAUCCUCUGGCUCUCAGCCUCCCUUCCAGACCCUCCUGUUUCCCCAUCUUGCUGCUCCAGUCACCACACACAUAUCUGACGGUUGGAAAAGGCUGCAUUUCUCACCUCUGCUUGAGAUCCUCUUUGGAUCUGAGCUAUCAGCUGACCAAUGAGCCUAGUGACAUGUGAAGCAUGUAUCUACCUGUUGCAGAGUUAUAGAUGUGUUUCAGUUCAUAUUCCUGCUCUGUGUUCCAUAAAAUAGGCUAAUAAACAGAACAGACUUGCGCUGAUAUAUGUAUUGUCCCCAACACCAGCACAGCUGUCAAACCAAGAGCUCCCAUGUGUGAAUGCACCAAGUCCUUGGUGAACGCCUCUGUUCGCUGGUAUUCAUGAAGGUGUCCGCAUUGCAGUUUACCUGCGUUUCCUCUUCAUUCACUUCAUCUUCCUGCGUCUCCGUCAAAUAAGCCCUUCUCUGCUACUACAGGCAGCACCAGGCAUCACGAUCUGCCGAAACAAGUAGUGAGACUCGGCUUUAGGAGGGAGCUGCAGUCUCAGAAGAGGCGGCCUGAGGUGGACCGUAACGCCCAGACACACGGAGGAUGCGCAGGGGGCUGUGGGCAGCACGAUGGACUAGGGCACCCGGGUAGCGACUGAAUGCUGGAUCCUGGGUCUGAGGGACAGAAAAGCCCCCAACAAGGCACUAUAUUAUAAACUAUCACAUGGUCUGAUUACCAUCUGAAACAUAUCAAUAUAUUGCAAUAAUUGCAGACAAGAGUAUGUCUCGUCACCUUUCCGCUCAAGGUGGAUUAUAACGACUCCAAAGUAACUAUCCCAUUCAUUCAUUCGCCAGGUAUUUGCGUUUGUUUUGCAUUUAGUUUUUCUGAAUAUGGGAAGAGAAAUUACGCACUUUACACAUUCAUUUAUGUUGAUGUGUUUUCACGUGCGCGAAAUCUGUUACGCCAUAUUGGGCUAUUCUGCAGUUAUGCUUGUUCGGUUUUGGAUGUAUAGUUUUCAAUGUACCGUUUUCAUUUAAAUUAUCGUUCAUAAUAAUAAAGUGUUAAUAAAUUGUUGUAGGACCGUC